CUGUGGCCUGGGAGACGGGGUGUGCUUGAGAGAGGAGGAGGAGACGGAGGAGGAGGAAGAGGAGGAGGACAAGGAGUGGAUAGACUGAGCUCCUCUUGCACUCUCACACACAAACGCUGGCCAGGAUUGUCCGCCUGCUCUUGCCGCGCUGCGCGCUUUUCCGCUCCUCGCGCCCCCCCCACAUUGUUCUCUCAGGACUCCUGAGUCCCCAGGGGCUGAAUUCGGGGGCCUGAGCCGGGGAUAGGAGAGACUUGGCUUUGGUCGGAGGUUUGGGGCCAGCCCCCACCCCUGGCGCCCCGGGGCUCCCCUCCCCCACGGCACUUUGGGGGGUGUGGAUUAUCUCAUCCCCGCAGGGAGGUGGGAGAGCGCGCCUGCAGCCAGCCUCCCGCCCGCCUCCCCAGCGGCGCCGGUCCGCGGCAGCCCCGCAGUAUGAGGUGGUGCUGGCCGCUCGGGGCCGUGGCGCGGCCGCUGCGGCGGCGGCUGCUAGGGGGGCGCUGAGGGAGCCCCCGGGAGCAGCGCGGCGGACGCGCUUCCCCCCGGCGCGCCCGGGCCUCGAGGCUUUUCUUCUCCAGCCGAGGGGACGCGGCUGUGCUACGAAGUCCGAGUGUGGACAGUAAUGACCUCACGUUUCCGAUUGCCUGCUGGCAGAACCUACAAUGUACGAGCAUCAGAGUUGGCCCGAGACAGACAGCAUACUGAGGUGGUUUGCAACAUCCUUCUUCUGGAUAACACUGUACAAGCUUUCAAAGUUAAUAAACAUGAUCAGGGGCAAGUUCUGUUGGAUAUAGUCUUCAAGCAUCUUGAUUUGACUGAGCGUGACUAUUUUGGUUUACAGUUGGCUGACGAUGCCACAGAUAACCCACGGUGGCUGGAUCCAAACAAACCAAUAAGGAAGCAGCUAAAGAAAUUGCUUUUAUUAAUUCUAGGAGGAUCUCCUUACAAUUUGAACUUUAGAGUCAAAUUUUUUGUAAGUGACCCCAACAAGUUACAAGAAGAAUAUACAAGGUACCAGUAUUUUUUGCAGAUUAAACAAGACAUUCUUACUGGAAGAUUGCCCUGUCCUUAUAAUACUGCUGCCCUUUUGGCUUCAUUUGCUGUUCAAUCUGAACUUGGAGACUACAAUCAGUCAGAAAACUUGCCAGGCUACCUCUCAGAUUAUUCUUUCAUUCCUGAUCAACCUCAAGAUUUUGAAAAAGAAAUUGCAAAAUUACAUCAGCAACAUACAGGUUUGUCUCCUGCAGAAGCAGAAUUUAAUUACCUGAACACAGCACGUACCUUAGAACUCUAUGGAGUUGAAUUCCACUAUGCAAGGGAUCAAAGUAACAAUGAAAUUAUGAUUGGAGUGAUGUCAGGAGGAAUUCUGAUUUAUAAGAACAGGGUACGAAUGAAUAUCUUUCCAUGGUUGAAGAUUGUAAAAAUUUCAUUUAAGUGCAAACAGUUUUUUAUUCAACUUAGAAAAGAAGUGCAUGAAUCUAGAGAAACGUUAUUGGGAUUUAAUAUGGUGAAUUACAGAGCAUGCAAAAACUUGUGGAAAGCAUGUGUAGAACAUCACACAUUCUUCCGUUUGGACAGACCACUUCCACCUCAAAAGAAUUUUUUUGCACAUUAUUUUACAUUAGGUUCAAAAUUUCGGUACUGUGGGAGAACUGAAGUCCAGUCAGUUCAGUAUGGCAAAGAAAAAGCAAAUAAAGACAGGGUAUUUGCAAGAUCCCCAAGUAAGCCCUUGGCACGGAAAUUGAUGGAUUGGGAAGUAGUAAGCAGAAAUUCAAUAUCUGAUGACAGGUUAGAAACACAGAGCCUUCCAUCACGAUCUCCACCUGGAACUCCUAAUCAUCGAAAUUCUGCAUUCACACAAGAGGGAACCCGGUUACGACCAUCUUCAGUUGGUCAUUUGGUAGACCAUGUUGUUCAUACUUCCCCAAGUGAAGUAUUUGUGAAUCACAGAUCUCCAUCUUCAACCCAAGCUAAUAGCAUCGUUCUGGAAUCAUCACCAUCACAGGAGACCCCUGGAGAUGGGCAGCCUCCAGCUUUACCACCCAAACAAUCAAAGAAAAAUAGCUGGAACCAAAUUCAUUAUUCACAUUCUCAACAAGAUCUAGAAAACCAUAUUAACGAAACAUUUGAUGUUCCAUCUUCCCCUGAAAAAUCUACUCCUAAUGGUGGUAUUCCACAAGAUAAUCUUGUUCUAAUCAGAAUGAAACCUGAUGAAAAUGGAAGGUUUGGAUUCAAUGUAAAGGGAGGGUAUGAUCAGAAGAUGCCUGUGAUUGUGUCUCGAGUAGCACCAGGAACACCUGCUGACCUCUGUGUCCCUCGAUUGAAUGAAGGGGACCAAGUUGUGCUGAUCAAUGGUCGGGACAUUGCAGAACAUACCCAUGAUCAAGUUGUCCUGUUUAUUAAAGCUAGCUGUGAGAGACAUUCUGGGGAACUUGUACUCCUGGUUCGACCUAAUGCUGUAUAUGAUGUAGUGGAAGAAAAGCUAGAAAAUGAGCCAGACUUCCAGUACAUUCCUGAGAAAGCCCCACUAGAUAGUGUCCAUCAGGAUGACCAUUCCCUGCGGGAGUCAAUGAUACAGCUAGCUGAGGGGCUCAUCACUGGAACAGUCCUAACACAAUUUGAUCAACUAUAUCGGAAAAAACCUGGAAUGACAAUGUCUUGUGCCAAAUUACCUCAAAAUAUUUCCAAAAAUAGAUACAGAGAUAUUUCGCCUUAUGAUGCUACACGGGUCAUUUUAAAGGGUAAUGAAGACUAUAUCAAUGCAAAUUAUAUAAACAUGGAAAUCCCUUCUUCUAGCAUUAUAAAUCAGUAUAUUGCUUGUCAAGGGCCAUUACCACACACCUGUACAGAUUUUUGGCAGAUGACUUGGGAACAAGGCUCCUCUAUGGUUGUAAUGUUGACCACACAAGUUGAACGUGGCAGAGUAAAGUGUCACCAGUAUUGGCCAGAACCCACAGAAAGUUCAUCCUAUGGAUGCUAUCAAGUUACCUGCCACUCAGAAGAAGGAAACACAGCAUAUAUCUUCAGGAAGAUGACACUGUUUAACCAAGAGAAAAAUGAGAGUCGUCAACUCACUCAGAUUCAGUACAUAGCCUGGCCUGACCAUGGAGUUCCUGAUGAUUCAAGUGACUUUCUGGAUUUUGUUUGUCAUGUACGAAAUAAGAGGGCUGGCAAGGAAGAACCUAUUGUUGUUCAUUGCAGUGCUGGAAUUGGAAGAACUGGGGUUCUUAUUACUAUGGAAACAGCCAUGUGUCUCAUUGAAUGCAAUCAACCAGUUUAUCCACUAGACAUUGUAAGAACAAUGAGAGAUCAACGAGCCAUGAUGAUCCAGACACCUAGUCAAUACAGAUUUGUAUGUGAAGCUAUUUUGAAAGUUUAUGAAGAAGGAUUUGUUAAACCCUUAACGACAUCAUCAAAUAAAUAAGAAAACAAAAGUCUAGGACAUGUGUCAGAAAACCGCUUUCUGUUAUAUUCACUGUGCCAUAAUUCUGCUUGCAGGAAAUGGCAUUGAGACAAAACAAAUGAAGAACUAACAAAAACUGAAAACUUCAGCACUGUUGCACUUUAUGUUUAAAAUGUCACUCUCUCAAAAUCUAUAAUUCCCAUGUUUGAAGACUAUUUCAUGCUUUGCUCCGAACAAAUAGUGAAUAACUGAGUAUGUUCAGGGUAAUCUAUGAAAAUUGUGGUGGUGCCAUGCAGUCCCCUUCUGGUAGAAUUGCCACAAACAAGGCUCAGAAUUCUCAUCAUCUCUGUUAUACACCUGUAUCUUGAAAGCAAAAAGAAGUAAACAUCAGAAAUCAGCUCUGGUGUUUCCCAGUGAUUCAUGUACUUAUUACUGUACUGGCUACCAGAUUUUUAUUCUUUAAAUUUUAGCAAUAUCAUUCUCAGUAUUGGCCAAUACACUGCCUCUGGAUGCAGCACAUCUCUCCCUGUACUUCCCCUGUACUCCCCCUGCAGAGACCUGCUGUCCAUGAGAAGAAAGAUGGAAUUCGCUUUUCCCAGGAAAUGCUGCACAUUGUCCAUUUACCAGCAUCUUAUAGAAAAUAUAAAUAUGAAUCUACUCAUUUUCUUGAAUUUAAUAAUGUAACUUAUAUUUAUCAUAAGGUUGGCUUACUCCAAAUCAUGUGAUUUCACAUACUUGUUGUAAAGGAAUGCAUGCAUUGUGUCUUAACCCCUUAAGUGCCUUGAGACGUCUUUGUAUGUCUAAUGAAAAGGCACUCAUUUGACCCCACUAGGAGGUAUGUAUGUAUAUUGUACAUUUACAUUUUUAUGCAUUUUGAAUCAGUUCACAUUUUAAAACAUAGCUUCUUGUAUGACAAGUUACACAGUCAAAAAAGGGUAUGGAAAUUCUAUUUCUUACUCAGUUUUCCUGUAUUUUACAACAAGAAGCAAAAGGUAAUUUGUGUUCUACUGAGUGAGCACUCUGCUGCUCUUUUCCUGAGGACAAGUGUUACAGUUUAGCAGCUCAAGUCAAAAGAUGCUUUAUUACUCAAAUUUUCUAUUUAUUUUAUCCCUACCUUUAGAAAUGACACCUAAUAUGCACAUUAAAGUUAAGCAUAUUCAUAUUUUCAGCUAAAUUAUUUUUAUCACUGUCUAAAUUAUUACUCUAAAACAUUCAGUUUAUUUCAGGUUUUUUCACACUGGUCUGUUGGUUAGGAUACUACAAACAAGGAAUGAAAUAUUAUUGACUUAUUUCUAAAUGUAAUCCCUUGAUAAUUGAAAUGAGGAUUUUGUUGUCAUUUUUUGCAUACAAUUAUAUUACUCCAGUUUAUAUAUACUUGUUAAGUUAUAAGCAUGUUAAUAUGGAGAGUUUUGAUUGUUCAGCCUGAUGGGGAGGAUCUGAUUCCCUUUAAGGAUUUGUGUAUUUUCCUCUUCAGGAUUUUUAAGUCUAUAGAGAGAUAGAACUUCAAAAUUGCCCAACUUCAAUACAAUUGGAAAUUUGUUCACCUAUUGAAAUGUCAUGUUGCGUAAUUAUAUGGAUUAUGGUUAAAACUGAUUAAUUUCCUAGUGGUUUCCAAAUACUUCUAUACAGUCUUGAUAAAACUUGGAGUUGUAUAGUUUUAGAAUGCCAUUUAGUAUGAGGGAGGGAAUGCACAUUUAAAAAUCUUCAGGGUAAUCAAAAUGAUAUUUCAAAUAUUCCAAAUCCAUAAUAAUAAAUUUUAGGAAGUUAAGUCCUGACAUUAAUUAAAAUAUUUGUAAAAAAAUUAAAAUAUUUGUAAUAAUUUAUUUGAUAUCUUAGCCAAGAUUUAUUUGAUUUAUUUGAUAUCUUGGCUAAGAUAUCAAAUAAAUUACUACAAAUAUUUUAAUUUUUUAAGAGAAAAGUAACAUAACCUUUAUGUCAGAAAUUCUCCUAUCUCUGGAUUUCAACAGCCAAGAAACUAUAAAUUAGUAAGUAAUCAUCUUAUUUGAACAUUCCAUUCUCUACCAACAGAUAAAUAUAAUUUAGGCUGCUGUAUGACAUCAUGAUAAGUUGGAAAGUGAACAAGUAAUAUCAUGUUGAGGGUCUACAUAAUCAAAAACUUUUGACAGUUUUUACCUGAAUUAAAAUCUGUUCUAACUGUAUGGACAGAAUACGACAACCACUGAGUAAAAAGAUAAAAAGAUACAGUUGUAUAGAUAUAAACUGAUAAACGUCAUGGUUGGUGUGAUCUUUAACUUAGAGUUCUGUUUACACUUCUGAGAUAAACUCUAAUAAUUUGUUGGCAAUGAGCACUGUUGCCUUUUUAAAUCAUUAUUUCCGGUCUUUAAAUGAUAAAUAUUAGAAGUUUAGAAUUACAUUUAAAUUUCUCAUGGAUUUUUCAUCUGGAAGCCACCUUCUGUCAAUAUUUUUAUGUACAGAGGAAAGAUCCAUUUUUAAAGACAUUUAUUAGGAUCUUAAAUUUAAAUUAUACUUCACAGCUUCUUAAAAUGGAUAUGCUAAUAAUACUUCUGUUCACCCAUCAGAUAAGACUUCAUCCAUUACACCUAGGAAUUUUUUAACCUGUUUAUCAAUAUAAAUAGGGUUCUGGGAAUAAUCCUAGGUUUAAUAUGCCAAGUAGUUCUAGAUUCCAUUCAUAUCACUGUAAUAAUUGUAUAAUAAAAUGUCAGAUUUCUUGUAACUACUCUCCCCCUUCUCCCAUAACUCCCCUGUUUGCUCACCCCCCCACACACACUCUAGAAGUCAAUGCUCACAAGUGGAAAUACGUAUUGAUGAAUCAAGGGAUUUUGUACAUGCUAAGAAAUGUUUGUGAAAACCUUUCCUCUCUGAUUUAAGAUGGUUUUACCAUGUUCAAUUUAAAAAUACUUUAUUGAGCAUCAGAUUUGUGUCAACACUGUACAAGCAUGAGGAAUAUUUUGGAAUAGACUUUACAUUCACAAGAAGAAUUGGUAGUAUUUGUUAAACAAGUGUAUCCAUUCAAAAUAGAGGCUGAGUAAACAGUGUAAGAAAUAACUUCCUUCGUGUGGCCUGCUAGCACAAGUAGGAGGGGAAAAGGGGUUGGUUAUUUUGAUUAAGAGUAAAGAGAAAAUGUAUAUAUAAAAACUGAGGUCAAACUUACAAAGGUAUGGUAAGCCAUUAAAACACACACUUUUGUGUGUUUAUAUAUUUACAUGUUUCAUAAAGGCUGAUGCUAACAGGAGUAAAGGAUUAUUUUAAAUACAGAGUCGUUUAUAAUCUGUUAGCACAUCUGAUCAGGUCUAAUCACGUAUUUGAGCGAGUCUCCUGUCUCUGCUAAAAAUACUCUAACUUGAAAGCUGAAAGGAACUUGAAUGGUUUUAUCUAAUCUCCCCUUCUAUUAUUUUAGGCAAUAUACAUGAUAUCACAAAUUCUUGUGAAUUUUUAGUCUGUUUAAGCUCAAGAAUUCUACUCAGGCAGUGUUUUCAUUUAAUAACUAUGAUGACCCUAGAAAAUGUCACUUAAUUUAGAAAAUAAGUAGGCUUUAAAAGGUGAUCCUAAUCAGGACCCUGACUCAGUUUGCUAGUCAUGCUUCCCUGAUAGAACAUAAGCUUUUGUAAAGUAUUUAGGCUGAUACACAUGCAGUAUGAAAACAUUACGAAAUGUAAAUUAGAAGGCUAAUUUUUAAAAGUACUUAAAACAUAGAAUUAGAGUUUAGAAUAUAUGUCCACCACUUAUCAAAUAAUUUAUGUUCAUAAUGUGAACAUGUAGUAGAACUAAAGCAUUACUUAUUUUAUAAUCUUAUCAGGAAGAAAGAAAGAAACAAGAAUUUUUAACAAUGUUCUAUUUAAUACCUGUGUUUUGAAUAUUUAAGAUACUCUGAUAGUAAGGUUGCCAAAGUAGUUUUGAAUUCAUAAAAAUUAUUUAUACCACAGUAAGGUGGGAUAUGUUUACAUCUUUUUUAUUUUGUAGUUUAGGUGAAUUUACAUUUAAGUCACUUAGAGUAAAUACAUUAUGGUAAAUAUUUGUUGGAAUAAACAUCUCUUAAUAAUAUGACAUGAAAAAGAUGAAUUAUGUCACAGCUGGCUUUUAUGCCACAUCAACAGAGUAACUAUAUUAUCAUUGCUUAAUUCCCACAUUUGCUUUAACUAUCCAACCACAAUUUCUGCAGUCAUUUUUGUGUGUGUGUUCUUUCCUCCAAGUAAAACAGCUAUGUUAUUAAAACCCACUGGAUUUUUCUCAAAUAUCAGAAUUAUUGAUCUGCUAGCAAAGGUUUAUUGGUAUCUCAGUGUGAUCACAACGUAAGUUACAGCAACUGUUUUAUAAAGUUCUUAGUGAAUAAAACAUUUUGAAAGCUAACCGCUUAUGGAUAAAUUCAGCAAUUUUAUAAAGAGCCCAUGAAAUUAAUCCCUAAAAUCGGGGGGGGGGGGUGUUCAGCUUACUUUACAAUGUCUACAGCUUUUAACAAUUUUUUAUUAUAUACCAAUUUCAUUUAUUAUUUUCUGACUUCAUUUAUUUGUAGUAGCAAUUAGUACAGUAAGCCUUUCAGCAUUAUCAAAAACAAGUCCUGUAUCAGCCAGAAAUUAGACAUUUUAAUUCAUAAUCUUGUGAAAUUGUCCUGGGUAACCAAAUAUUUAUUUCUGUUUCCAUUUCUAAAUUUGCUGCUAUUUGUUUGUAUGUUUUUCUGCUGCGGUUUACUGUUGAUUUCUAAAGUUUUAUAGUCACUGUUAUUUUUAUUUUAGCAAUCCAAGCUAAAUGGGCAGCCAUAAGUAUUAUCUACUGGGGUGUAAUCCAUUGCCUAGAUAUGGUUCAAUGCAUAAAGGAGAAAAUUUUUUUUUAAUUUACAAAGGGAGAGGUAUUAAUAAUAUUACAAGUUAAAGACUACAAUUUUAGUUGGAAGUCCUAAUGUUUAACUUCCUGAAACCUUUUAAAUUUUCAAAUAAAAGAAUGAAAGUGUUUAAAAGCCUUGUGCUCAUAGAAGUUUCAGUUAAGCACUGUAGAAUUUUCCUACUUAUUGUUGUGUAAAUGAUAGAGAAAAUAUUUUUCUAUGAACAAGAGAUUGAAACUGUUAACCUCUUUUGCUUUAUUGUGUAAAAAGAAAAAAUAUUUGUAUGUCUUUCAUGCUGUAAAAAAAUGAAUGUAUCUUUGAAAUAUUAUUUGAAUUAUGACUUGAUUCUAAGGAUACUCUUUGCUUAAAAAAGUCAGCAAGGGAUUGAAGAAAAGUAAAGGAGUAUAUUCUACUUCAUUAUAAAAAAUGCAAUUUUAGAAGAAAAAUGUAAUUUUCAUUAUAAACAAGAGCAAUCAUCACUGAAGCAUAUUUCAAAUAUAAUGUACAUUCUUUUUCAUUUCGUUUUGCUCUAGAGGAGAAAAAUUUGUGCUUACUAUUUUUAAGUGUAAAAUAAUUGCAGACUUCUGGAGUGUGGAAGGGUGUUUGUAUGUGAGGGUAAACAUUCUGCUGCAUGUGUUUACCGUGAGGGAGUGUUCUCAGGCAUUGUCAGCUGUGGCAGCCACAAAUGAGGACAUUGUUUUAAGUGUGACUUUGGUGAAACCAGAAAUCUGUGCCUCCGAUUUACUACAGUAAAUAUGUAUAGAGGCCACUGACAAAUAGUUUUGCCUUUUUAUAUCUGUAUCUUGGACAGAUAAGACCACUGAGCCCAGUUCUGACUUGUAACAGUGGUGUCUUAGAUGCUUAAGGAUUUAUUAAUUCAGCUGAACAACAAAAACCCUACAUUUUUAACCAUCUUUUAGGCAUGAUUAAUUUGUUCAACCAUCUCUUUAAAGGGCAGUAUUUAUUAAUUAUCACUUGUUAAACGACUCCCUGAGGCCUUUAUUUGACUUCUGCUUCCAUCCCUCCCACUUUUUAAUUAAUUUCAUUUUAUGGUAGCCUUUUUGAAGUAAAUACCCUGAACAACUAUAAGGUGGUAGCUUUCUUCACAACCUAUUUUUUAACUGUUGUUAAAAGAUUACAAUUGGGCCCCCCUCAACCCUCAGAGUUUCCAAAAUUUAGUAAAUAUUACUUGUGAUAAACUAACUGAAAUGCCACCUUGCUAAAUGAAAUCGUCACCAUAAAGUCAUCAAGGAGGGUCAGCCCAGUUUACAACCUUAAACCCAAAUAGGUGCUGACGUUUGAUUUCCCCAGAUCUAUAGCCAUGACUGAGCCCAUUUUGCCUUUUAUUUAAAAGAAGCUUUUUCCUCCUGAGUUGUGUUGCAGUUUUUUGCCUUACAAUACCAAUCCAGUUCUGAAAUUCUCUGGCACCCAUCUUUUCCAACCCUUUGGUGAGUUCACAAGAUCAUCCAGUCUUUCUUGUAUCCUGUAGAGUAGGUCAAAUUUCAAAGCUUAAAUGAUUUCUUGAAUUUUAAAUAGUAGCACUUUAUUUCAUACCUACUACUGACUUAAUUUAUACAUUAAAAAUAAAAUCUAGGAGUUCUGUAAAUAUGGAAAAAAUUCUAAUGGUUUAGUUUGUAGAGCUCAUUGGAUUGGACCCAAGUAAAAUGCUUUACAGUGAUGUCUUGAUCUUUUGAUAUUUAAAAGUUAACUUGUGUGAUGUUAGCUUUGCCACUUUUCUGUAAUUUAUUUAGUACAGUUAAGACUACCCAGUUGACUGUCAUGCUGGACUCUUGAGUUUUCAGCUAGUUUCAACCAGGUUUGGUUUACAGUGAUCGGUUCUGCUUUGCAUUUUUUGUACAUUACAUGUAUACUUGGAUAUCCAUUUGUUUGGUUUUAAGUCGUAGGUAGGGGUCAAGUCAAUACUGCACCACAAGUAAGUUGAAGAGGGCAAAGUCCUGACACUUCAUAUACAUGUCAAGGGGCAGGAUUUAAGACACUAGAAACAGUUUACAUUAAGCUGUUUUCAUUUUCUAUCAUUAGAAUAUAUGUGCUUAAAAAAAUAAAAACUGUCCACCCAGUGUUCUCACAGCAUCAGGACAUUGCAGUUACAAUCCAUAUUGUACUCUUUUCAAAUGAGAAAAGCUAGUCUUUAUUUUCUACAGUGUAGGCUUAAUUUUAGGACAUAAUUUACUAUAUACUCAUCAGUGAUAAAAAACUUUUAAGUAGUAGUUUUACAAAUAAUUUCUUUGUAGAGGGAGUAUUAAUUUGGUUUUUUUUUUUCUUGUAACAGGUGCUAUAUGUAAAUAUGAAGGGCAAAAAGUCACUUAAAGUUUAGUUUAUUUCAUAAUUAAAAUAUGAUUUUGCAUUUCUGCUGUCAUUUCACGUUUGAUUGUACUGAACUAGUAGCAAAAUGGAAUUAGCCCCUUAAUCUUUUAAAUUAUCUUCCCCCGUUUCACAAAAAUAGCUCUUUCUAUAUGAUUUGUUUCCAUAAAUAAAAGAGGCAAAGAAGCUUAGGGUUCUUUAAAACGUGCAAGCUUGAAUUUGGUCAGCACUGGAUAAUUUGGAAUUCUACUCUGCAUCUGUCACUACAGCUUACUGUAUGCUUGAAAGGCCUUGUGUAUUUGUCUUAAUUUCAGUGAAAAAUUAGAAUUCCUGCAGUUUAUUCAUGUAAAAAGAAAUCUAUGAACACUAACAGCAGACGGAUAAAAAGGCCAGUUUGCAUUAAAACUCUUCCUGUCCUAAGAGCAAUUUACGUUAUGUGAAAUGCUAUUACACAUACUUUGUUGGCCAUAUUUCAUUUUGAUUGAAAAAUAGUUGUUCAGGUACAAACGUGAAAAAACUAGCUGUGACUUUUAAUUGUUCAAUUGCAAAAUAAAGAUGUGCUUUAGUAAUUUAAA